UACAAAUAUUGGUGUUAAAGUUAAUGAUAAUGCUGCAGUGAAGGUCGUAGAGCAAGAAGCAAGUUCCUCUCCCACUUGUUGUUGUUUGGCUCUAGGUCAUCAUUGAUCGAGCAGAAACUGUAAUCAAAGGCAUUCCAGUUAUGACCUUCUUGAUUUUUUAAGGUUGUGUUGGACUAUAUUAACUAGCGUGUUCCUUCUUUAUUUAAGUAACGUAGAGUGUGCUUUGGCUGUUAUUUUUAGUUGGUUGAGUAACCAUGUAGAGGUUCCUUGUUAGCUUUUAAGUGUUUGCUGGAUGCACCUUUUUUCUGCACCAACAAAGACCUCUUAACCACCCACACCAUAGAUCUAAUUACCAAACCAUCAAAUAUUCCUUCACCAUAUCGGGAAAGAGGCCUUCAUCACACCAGGAGAGAGCCCUUCAUCACUCUAUCAAAAAUUACCCUCACCACGUCACGAAAAACAUAUCUCACCACACCAACAAAAUCCCUUCUCCAGGUGACAAACGAGGCUUUUAUAACACCACCAAAAAGCCCUUCACUAUAUCAUCAAAAAUCGCCCUCACUACACUAAAAGCCAGCCUACCUUUUCUCUGCAAUAAAUGUAUUACUAAAAGAAACUAUAAAAAUAAUAGCUAUACAAGACAUAAAUGAUUAUUUUCCAGUCAUAAUGUAGCAGAAACAAUAUUUUAUUUUUAUCUUAUAAUUAUUUAUUUGGUUUUGUCCCAUUAUAUCGUAGUUGUUAUUGUUAUUGUUGAUGAAGUGUCUCUCACCGAAACGUUAAAAUUCUAUUUUAUUCUUACGAUUUUUGAAGUUAUCUAAAUUUGUGACAUUCACACCUCUUUUCUUUCUUUCCUAUUCGUUGUGCAGCCUCACUGACAUAGCCUUUUCAAAUACAUAUACUGACAAUCAUCGAGCUUGUGCUUGUGGUUCUUUUAUAGUGUUCUAGGUCUUUUUGUUCUUGCGGGUUUUCUGGAUUGUUCUUGUUAUUCUUGAGGUUCAUGUGAUUCUACUUUAUUUACUUUUUUGUAUUUAUUCUUGAUUUUCUUUUGUUUGUUUUUUUUUUAUUUAUAUGUCCCGGCGCCACGCUCGCUGCACGUUUGUGGAACAAACAAACAAAUAUAAACUACCAAACUCGCAUCAUCAUCAUCAGCAGCAGCAACAAUAAUAUCAUCAUCAUCAUCAUCAUCAUCAUCAUCAUCAUCAUCAUCACUAACAUUAUAACUACCACCAACAUCGCCAUUAUUUUCUUCACUCAGUCAACAUUAUCACCAGCAUCAACAUUAUCAACUUCAUCCUCGACAUCGUCAUCUCAUCAUUAUCAUCACCGACACCAUCAUCAUCACCAUCAUCGAUAUCACCAUUAUCGUCAUCAUUACAAUCACCAACAUCAUCAGCCACCAGAUGAAAUCGAACGAAAUCAAAUGAAAUCCGAUCGUCAAAGCCAGCCAGAGCCAUGACGUCACUGUAUUCCGUCGACGACAAUCACCCGUCCACGUUAAUUAUGUCAUUAUGUCAAAACAAGUCUUUACUGACGAUGAUGGACUACGGCGAAACGAGCAACAGCACAAACAGCAACCACAACAGCAACAACAGCAACUGCAUGAACAACAACCACACCAGCAUCAACAACAGCAACAGCGACAACAACACCAGCGCUAACAGCAGCAACAACAACAACAGCAACAACAGUAGCAACAACAGACUUGAAAUGAUUAUUGUGCCGAGCAUCUACGCCGUCGCCAUUGUCGGCGGAUGUAUUGCUAAUGGCGCUUUAAUUACUCUUCUUUGUAAAAAUCGCAGACAGAAAUACAACAGCACAGGAAUCCUGGUGCUCAAUCUAGCCAUUGCCGAUUUGCUAUUUCUUCUAUUCUGGGUACCAUUCCAUACGAUUAUCUACACUAUGUCCAUAUGGCCGUUCGGAGAUUUCAUGUGCAGAUUUAUCCACUACAUGCAGUUCUCUAGUAUGUUCGCCAACGUCUUCACACUGACCGCCAUGGCAGUCAACCGUUACGUCGCCAUACGUUUCCCGAUUUGGACGAGGCUCCGUCGUAACCACAAAGAUGUCGUCAUUAUCAGUCUAGUCAUUUGGAUUGUGGCUCUUUGCCUCGGCAUUCCAUCGUCCCUUAUCUACACUACUGUGGAAUAUCAAGGAAACUUUUACUGCACAGACUCCUUUCAAGAUAAACGCCAUUUAAGGCCGACAUUUUUCCUUCUCAAUUUCUUAAUCGGUUACGUAAUUCCACUGAGUACUAUUCUGAUUCUUAGCACCCUCACUGUAUGUAAUAUGUGGAACUCAACCAAUAUGGAAGGCAUAAACGCUGCUGAAUCUCUUCGCAACAAACGUAGAGCUACGAAAAUCGUAAUAUCUCUGGUUUUAGUAUUUGCCUGUAUGUGGUUUCCUUACCAUUUGUUUUGGAUAUGGGUGAACUAUUUCCAUGACAGCUUCGAAUGGUCGUAUGCAUUCUAUUACUUCCAAGUAUUUGCUUAUUUGUUAGCUUUUACGAAUUCUGCUUUAAAUCCAUUGGUCUACGCGUUCUGCUCGGAAACUUUCCGAAAGAAAUUGUGCAUUUGGUCGAAACGCAAGCAAGAUCAUUCGUUCCUGUCUCAUUCGAGAUUAACUAAUCAUUCUAUUCGAUCAAUCCCUCAAAAUACUCAAGAAAUUCCAAUGGACAAAAUAUCUCUGUAAACAAACAAAAACAAAUAAGCAUAUACUUUGUCUUUUUUUUUAUCACGACUGCUGAACAAUAGCAUCAUUGGUUAAAAGU